UUUGGUACGUUUGUCGCUGUUAAAAUCAUUUGCAUUGAUAAAAAUAAAGAAUUUUCACCUUUGUAUUUGCAUACAAAUAAAAAUGAAGAUUCAUAAAAUGUCAAUCGUUUUGCCAUUUCUAUUAAUAACACCAAUUUUCGCUCAACUUUUUUAUCCAAAGCAUAAGACCAUCAGAAAAUUUCAUCUCAUCACAUCCCAUCGGGCAAAUUGGCACCAAGCGUUAUUCGAUUGCCGUUCGCUGAGCAUGAAUUUGGUUAGUAUUUACUCCAAAGAAGAAAACGAUAAUAUUGUCCAACAAAUUAAAGAUGGAGGUUAUAUAAAGGAAGAUUUUUGGACAUCGGGAACAAAAUUGGGCAACAAAGAUAAUACGUAUCGAUGGAUGGGCUCUGGGAAGCCAGUGAAUUUCACUGAUUGGGCAGUUGGUGAACCGAACGGCAGAGUUGAGGAAGUAGCGUGUAUACAUUAUAAUAACGAUAAGGGAAACGCACAGAGCGAUCAAAAAUGGGACGACUAUUCUUGUCAUAGUAAAUUUUUUUUUAUUUGCGAACAAGAAUUGAUCGAAUAUGAAUAUUGUUCAACUUAAAUAAAAUGAAUGAUUCGGUUACAAAUGUAAACAAAAUCGAACAAACACAUUUAGUUCGGAGAAUAUUUUCAAUAAAAAAAUUUCGACCGAAAAAAAAUUGACAAAAUUUCUUCGAAUGAGGCAGAUUUGCUUAUAACAACAGUCUUAUAUAAACACAAAUUGGAUUAAAUUAUAGUUUGAAUUCAGAUAAUUUUUUUAUUUAUUCAGUGCUAUACGAGGAAAU